GAAGAAUUAAAGUGAAAACUUGAAAUAGAGAGAUUCGCUUUAGACGACUUUACAAAGUUUUGAAUGAGCACCAUUUUCUUAAUCGCAAUGGUGGGAACAGGUCACGUGAUCGGUUAACUUGGUGUUCCGCUUGUCGCGCGAGUAACCGUGGCCAGCCAUUUUGAUUAGUAACAUGGCGUCAGCGGAGAUUAAUAUGGCGUCCUCGGACAUAAUAACUGAAGUGGAGAUUCAACCAGAUAUCCAAGAGGUUGAAAUAGAAACGAUACCGGUGGAGAUACCGUGUGAAACUGUGGAAACUACGAUAGAGGGUGAAGAUGGCCAGCCGAUGAUAGCCCUUCAAACACUUCCAGAGCCAGGACGCGAAGAAAUCAUACUACAGACGCAAGAGGAAAUCGUCGGCAGUGAUCCACUAAGCGUAUAUGAUCAGAUUCCGGUCCCAGAGAACGAUAUUUAUGUUGAAUCAAGCCCUGGCCCAUCGAAGAAAGGUCCUAAGAAGACCAAGAAAAGCGGUUCGUCGAAAUUCAGAUCGUCCGAUCAUACGAUUUUUGGGGAAAUGGGUUCGGAGACGAAGGCUAGAAAGUGGGAGCAGAAGCAAGUGCAAAUCAAGACGCUUGAAGGUGAAUUCUCAGUGACGAUGUGGGCAUCGGGUACCGACGACGGGAGUGUCCUAUUAGCUCCUCACCUGGUGGAUGUUCCAGAUGAAGGCUCUAAUCCAGAGCCUGAUCCAGACUACACAGAAUACAUGACUGGUAAAUCCAAUGCCAAAUUCAAUCACUCUGGAAGCUCCAUUUCCGAUGGAAUGCCAGGUCUUGACCUUUCGGAUCCAAAGCAAUUGGCAGAAUUUGCUAGGCCUGGUCAUAAAUUGAAAGUACGCAAACCACCUGUUCUAGAUGGUGUAGAGCGCACUAUAGCCUGUCCACAUAAAGGAUGCACAAAAAUGUUCAGAGAUAAUAGUGCAAUGCGUAAACAUUUACAUACCCAUGGACCAAGAGUGCAUGUAUGCGCAGAAUGUGGGAAAGCUUUUGUUGAAAGUUCCAAAUUGAAAAGGCACCAGUUGGUUCAUACAGGAGAAAAACCUUUCCAAUGUACAUUUGAAGGAUGUGGUAAAAGGUUUAGCCUGGAUUUCAAUCUUCGCACUCAUGUUAGAAUUCAUACAGGAGACAGACCUUAUGUUUGCCCAUUUGACGGAUGCAGCAAAAAAUUUGCACAAUCAACGAAUUUAAAGUCACAUAUAUUAACACAUGCAAAGGCUAAGUCACGUAAUGCUAUCGGCAGAGGAGUACAACAAAUUCAACUUCAACAACCUCAAUUUGUACAAGUUGAAGUUGCAGAUGUGGAUAAUCAACAAUUCAUUGUUUAUGCUGAUUAGCCCCCCUAACAAUGAUCUCAUAUCCUAUAAACCUAUAAAUGGAAUAUCGUAAUCAUUAAUUAGUAACGUAAACAGUGUAAAUAUUUUCAUGAUAUAAGUGAUGAGGGCAGGACAUUACUAAAGCUGUUAGUUAUCUUAAGAGAAGAAAUUAAUUAAUCAAUUUAUACCUCUGUGCUUAGACGCAAAGUAAAUAGAUAUCACAAGCACUAUACUACUACAAAAAAUAAAAUAAAAUUACACUAAAGUAGUGUAUCUUCUGAGACAUAUAAAGUAGAAUAUUGCGCACUGCUCAAUCUCAUGUCUCGAGUCACACUAAAUGAUACCUAGUGCGCUCUCAUAAUACAACUGUAUAUAUUUAUACUUAAAGUAAAAUAUUGUAUACAGUAUAUUUUGGAGAAAUUCUGAUGAGAAUAAACUACAAAAUACGUCUUUUCCGUCGGACUUAAUUGUACCACUUUAAUAUACUUUUUACAUUACAUUGUAAUUGUUAAUAGUUAUUGGAGAAAGGAAACAUAAAUGCGUCUACUGUGUAUUAUACCUUGAUGUUCACAAAAUAUGAUACAUUUAUUCAUGUAAAAUUAUUUAGAUGUUUUUAAGUAUUGUCUAAAAUUAACUGGACUCUGAAAGCAUUGUAAGAUCAAAUGGAUGAGUGUUUAAUAUUGACGGCAUUUAAAAAUACCGAUUAAUUUGAAAGAUGAUUCACAUAAUAUAUUUUAUCCGUGAUAUUCACGAGUACAUUAUGAUGUGCAUGUACAUCAAUGCAAUGACGUUACGAAGUUGUUAAAGAGUUCUCGUAUCAUUUCAAAGUAGGAAGCAAUAGUUUAUAGGUAGAACUAUAAUAUUGAUUGUAUUAAAUGGCGAUUGCGUGCAUCCCAUUAUAUCGUUAUUCAUUAAUAUUCGCAUAUCACGAUUUUGUACAUGUAGCUACGACGUUGAAACAUAAUUCAAUCUAUAUAUUAUUUCUAGAAGUAUUUAUACGAAAAAUUUGGAUAAUUUAUUUAAUCAUAUAAAGUAUAUUCUUUCAUUAAAUUUUUUUGCAAAUAUUCACUUUAUUUUUUAUAACUGUAAACACAAAUUUAUUACAGUGGAAAAAAUUAUUACCAAAAGUAUUUCUUAAAAAUUCGUUUUCCAAAAUAUUUUAAACAAAUGAUUUGUUAUAGCAAUCCUGACUAGUCUUGGCUUUUAUUUGGUUUGUAUAUUCUUCUAGUGAGUUUUUGUACUUUUAUUCUUGUAAUAAAAUAUUAAAAAGAUUGCUAGACAUGAGUACAACAGCAAUUUGGCCUAUUAUAAAUGAAUGUUUAUAGAAAGAUAUUUAAGAAAUAUUUAUAGAAUCUUUUGUGUCUACUGGGAAAGCUUUGUUUAAAAUUUAAUCUUAUAAUAUUUUAUCAAUAAGAAUUCUUUAUUCAUUUUUAUAUUAUGAACAUUUAAUAUAAUUCUUUGCAUACUGUAAUAAUUAUUGCUUCCUGCUGGAAGUAAUGCUAAAUAUAGUUUGAGGUAUAUAAAAGUAA